AUGCCGUAUUUUCUGGCGGCAAAAUUUCAAAGGGGUAUGUCCGCUAGGAUUGCCGAAUUGGUAGCUGGCAACGACAUCUGUGAUAUGGCCACCUUAGUACACCGAUGUAGAAAGUUGGAGGCGGUCGGUUUGCAAACAAGGAAGCCCACGGAGACCAGCGGAUCCGGACACAGAGCUCCAAUGACUAGGAACAGACCAUGGAGAGGGAAGAGCGGAGGCAGACCAUGGCAGCCCAGGCGUGAUGAUAACAAGUUCAAGAGGCCCGGGAAUCCUCGAGGAAAUGGCAACAGGGCUCCCAAUUGUCCCAGAUAUGGGAAGGCACAUUUCGGCAACUGUUUGAGUGGUUCGAUGAAAUGCUUCAAGUGCGGCCAAGAUGGACACUUCAUCAAGGACUGUCCACAAUGGAGGGAACCCCAUCCAGCAAUAGAGACGCCAAGAGUGGGCAGAGUCUACACGCUGGACCAACAUGUGGCGAACCGGGCGGCCGAACUAGUUAAAGGUACGAUUAAUAUAUGUGGUGAGGAACUAUCUGUGUUAUUUGACUCUGGAGCAACCAAUUCCUUCAUUGCCGACUAUGUGGCAAAAGCCUUUUAA